AACUCGUGCUACUCCUGAACAACUUACUAUCUUGGAAGAUACCUUUAAAACAAAUACCUCGCCAAACUCAAAAGUUCGUGAAGCAUUAGCUGAAAAGGUCAGCAUGUCGGAACGCUCAAUUCAAAUCUGGUUCCAAAAUCGUCGUGCUAAAAUGAAGGCCGUGCAAAAACGUGCCCAUUUAAUGAUCAAUCAAGAAUCCUUGAAUCAUUUCAUGACUUGCAUGCCACCAAGCUACGGUAACAUAUAUCCUUUCCGCAUGCCCAUUCAUCAACAUCCUCAACGAAUUGCCUUGCCAAAUGUACACGCCUCCAUUACAACAGUACUCACCUCCACAAGAGUUUAUUACUCCUUCGGCCUUUAA